GAACUUGUUUCUGUAUAUUAUUGCAUAAACUUGGUGAAUCUUUUUAAAAGCAAAUAGGAAAAAAUGAAUGAUUUAUUCUCUAGUUCGUUCAAGAAGUACACGGACCUGAAGCAACAGGCCCAAAUGGAUGAUGUUGAGGCAGGUAAAGAGACGAUGAACCUCGAUAAGUUCUUCGAGGAUGUCGAAAAUGUCAAAGAUGACAUGAAAGGCGUAGAGACUCUUUACAAGAGCCUUCAGGAUUCGAACGAAGAAUGCAAAACGGUACACAAUGCCAAGAAAGUGAAGGAACUCCGAGCAAAGAUGGAUGGAGAUGUCGCUCAGGUCCUCAAGAGAGUCAAGAUCAUCAAACAAAAGCUCGAGGCGCUUGAAAAAGCGAAUGCUAAUAGCCGUAAUGUCCCUGGUUGUGGCCCUGGCUCUUCCACCGAUAGGACCAGGACGUCUGUUGUUAGUGGACUCGGGAAAAAGCUUAAGGACUUGAUGGAUAGUUUUCAAGGUUUGCGUGCGCGGAUGAAUGCUGAGUAUAAAGAAACCGUAGAACGCAGAUAUUUCACGAUAACCGGAGAACAGGCAGACGAACAGACGAUUGAGAACUUGAUUUCGAGCGGUGAAAGCGAGAAUUUUCUCCAGAAAGCGAUACAAGAACAAGGGAGAGGCCAAAUAUUAGACACCAUAUCAGAGAUUCAAGAGAGACACGACGCGGUAAAAGAGAUAGAGAAGAAUCUUAUAGAGCUUCACCAAGUGUUCUUAGACAUGGCGGCUCUAGUGGAAGCACAAGGUCAGCAACUAAAUGACAUAGAAAGCCACGUGUCAAAGGCGAGCUCGUUCGUGAGAAGAGGGACAGACCAGCUUCAAGAUGCAAGAGAGUACCAAAAGAGCUCGAGGAAAUGGACUUGUUAUGCCAUUCUUCUCUUCAUAGUCGUUUUCAUUUUGCUUCUCAUACCAGCCUUACCUCAUAUCAUGCUCAUGUUGAAGUGAUUUUUUUGGAUAGAAUCUUGUCUAUAAUUGUUUGUUCUCAUCUUAUUAUAAAUGGUAAGUUUAGCU